AAUAGAACAUCUGAACAAAUAAACAAUGUGCGAAUAAAUGCGUGAAGCUAACAAUGCAACAAUUGAAAGAUCACCUUUAUUUUUUAUUACUGCUGAAAUUCUUUGGGGCAUAGUGUUAACCAAGUUUUGGCAAAAAUUUGGUGUAAAACAAUCCCAUAUUUCUUGAAGCUUUUGUCUCAGUUCGGUGAUUGUACGAGCAGGA